UUAACGGCAAAUGCAUUACGUUGUAUUAAAACGAUCAUUCCGAUGUUCCGACUUAAUUAUUUAUGUAGCCCUCGUGAUCUAAGUCGCGCGCGAUUAGAGAAAAAGGCAUUCUUGUUAAUCUUUAUUUUUUUAUUAAUGCUAUAUACCUCAGAAAAUAUUUAGCAGCGAGAGACGUUUUAAAGAUAUUUAUCCUGUUGUUAUUAGUAGAGAAACUGUCUUCCAGUCAUGGGGACACAGCUGUAAAAAUAUAGAAAAUAAUAUGAAUAACUUCAUCCACUCAAACCCAGUCAUCUGAAUGCACACACUGGGGGCCCUGUGAGAUGCGCGGGAUAAAGGUAGGUUAUAUAGUAUUUACUGAAGUAAAUGAAUGAAGCCUCCUCAGUCUGUAUUUAGCCCCUCCUCCUGGCUCCUCUGUCUGUGCUUCUAUUUGAGCCUUCUGGCCUCCAAAGAAAACAGACACACGGUGAAGGAGCUAUUCCUCUCCUCCUCCUCCUCCUCCUACUCCUCCACCUCCUCCUCCUCUCUCCUUCUCUCUCGCUCUCUGUCUCUCUUACUUCAUUCAGAGAUCUCUCCCUGGCUGGGACAUCCCACGAAGGAGCCUGGGUACUGUCAGCUUCUUUCUUCUUUCUUUCUAAGUAUCUCGUCCUUUUUUUUUUUUUUUUUUUGCUUCGGACUCUUAAUGCAUGAAGUUCCUGGUGUUUCUGCUGCUGCCUAACAUCUUAAAAACUCAAGUAUGCGGCUUUUCUGGACUUGACUUUUGACUCUGUCCUGGAUUUGCAAGAAAUUUGAAAUCAGCUUCCAGGAGAUUGCAAGACUUCUCUUUCCACCUUGGACCCGGUCGCCCAGGUGAGCAAGACGUCGGGCAUGGGUUCGGACGUCCGUGACCUCAACACCCUCCUGUCCCCUGUCCCGGCUCUGCCCGCAGGGAAUGGGAACUGCCCGCUGCCCGUCAGCAGUGCCCCUCAAUGGGCUCCUGUGCUGGACUUUCACACUGGCCCACCUUACAGCCACUCCUUUAUCAAGCAGGAGCCCAGCUGGGGCUCAGCAGACCCCCACGAGGACCCUCACUGUGGCCUCAGCGCCUUCACCGUCCACUUCUCUGGCCAGUUUACAGGCACAGGGGCCUGCAGGUACGGGGCCUUCGGGACACCUGCAGCCAACCAGCCUCCGGCCAGUCAGCCCAGAAUGUUCAGCAAUGGCCCGUACCUGUCCAACUGUAUGGAUGGUCAGGCCAGCUCCAGGAACCAGGGUUACGGUGCGGUCGCUUUUGAUGGAGCCACAAACUAUGGACACACGCCAUCCCACCACGCCCCUCAGUACCCCAACCACCCCUUCAAACACGAAGACCCCAUCCCACAGCAAAGUAACAUGGGUGAGCAGCAGUAUCCCGUUCCUCCACCUGUUUAUGGCUGCCACACGCCGUCAGACAGCUGUACAGGAAGUCAAGCCCUGCUGCUGAGAAACCCUUACAACAGUGGUGACAAUUUAUACCAAAUGGCAUCUCAAUUGGAGUGCAUGGCAUGGAACCCUGUCAACCCACUGGCACCCACCAUUAAGAGUCAUACAGCAGGUUAUGAGAAUGACCCCAGCACGCCCAUGAUGUACAGCUGCAGCACCCAGUACCGUAUCCACACCCAUGGAGUCUUCCGAGGCCUCCAGGAUGUGAGAAGAGUACCGGGCAUCACUCCUGCCAUUGUACGCUCUUCAGAAACCAAUGAGAAGAGGCCAUUUAUGUGUGCUUAUCCAGGCUGCAACAAGCGCUACUUCAAACUGUCUCACUUACAGAUGCACAGUCGCAAACACACAGGUGAGAAGCCCUACCAGUGUGACUAUACAGACUGCGGCCGGCGAUUCUCACGGUCAGACCAGCUGAAGAGGCAUCAGAGGAGACACACAGGUGUUAAACCUUUCCAGUGUGAGACAUGUCAGAGAAAGUUCUCACGGUCAGACCACCUUAAGACCCACACCCGGACUCAUACAGGUAAAACAAGUGAGAAGCCCUUUAAUUGCAGGUGGCCAAACUGCCAGAAGAAGUUCGCCAGAUCCGACGAGCUCGUCCGGCACCACAACAUGCACCAAAGGAACCUGACCAAGCUACAGCUGGCCAUAUGAAGGACCUGCCACCAACCAUAUAAGCUGGUUCUGCUGUCACAUGUUAAACUACAGUCCUAGAGGACCAUGAAUAUGCAGAAUUUAAUCCCUCUGUCUCUCAACACACUUAACUGAAUUUAUGUAAGGCUCAGAAUUAACCAAUUAAUGUAAUACAGUAAGUAACAAGCCUGACUUUGUGAUCAUCUGAGUUCCACUUUAUAUCUUACCCCUGAUCUAGGCCUGUCACAAUAACCAAAUCUAUAUGGAUGAUACAUUGUCCCAUAAACAGCCAAAAAAAAAAACUAUAUUAUUGUCAUUUUAUGCUUAACAGUACAAUUCACAUAUUACUUUAAACAACAAUAAACUUUUAAAUUAUAAGGAGAGGUCUGACAUUAUAAUUGAAAUAUAACUGAUUAAAUAUCCUAAAUAAAUAAAUAAAUCAUAAUUAAAUUAAAAAUACAGUUUUACUCACAUUAAUUGACUCUUUUUGCUAAGCAAACACAAUGGGCAAUAUUGACAUGAGCAUAAAAUAAUUAAGGUCAUGUCCAUAAAUUGUAAGAUAAGUUAAUAAGGUAAUUAUUGUGACAGGCCCCCUAUGAUCUGAAGCCAUUUGAUACAAGAGCCCUUAUGUGCUAAAAUGGAAAAAGAGAAUCAGUUAUUCAUCAAAAAUGAAAAAGCUCAUUCAGAAUGUGAUUUGGUGUGAAAUAUUCUAUUCUAGAGAAACAGAAUCAGCGAAUCAGAAGUGUUCACAGUGGUGAUGAAUUGAACUACAUGUCUAAAAUGCCUUCACAGUAAUGGUUAUAUGAAAUAUAUGGCAACAUGCCCGAGACUUGGGUUUUAUAUUCUUAUUUAAACACUAUUUAUGUUGGCUUAUGAAAGCAAGUGUUUCUAUGGCAGAAUAAGGAAAAAAAUAUCUGCUCAGAUAUACACUGCCUGGCCAAAAAAAAUGUCACACACUAUAAUAUGUUGUUGGACCAUCUUUAGCUUUGAUUGCAAUGAGCUUCUUCAAUGUUAUAAGAUUUAUUUCAAUCCAGUGUUGCUGGAUUAAUUUUUCACCAAGAUCUUGCAGCAGCAGCAUUGAUGAUGGUAGAGUCUGACCGCUGCACAAAGCAGCUCUUCUCCAUCCAGCACAUCCCAAAGAUUCUCAAUGAGGUUAAGAUCUGGACUCUGUGGUGAACUCUCUCUCAAUCCAUGUGUGAAAAUGAUGAUCUCACGCUCCCUAAACCUGAAACUCUUUCACAAUUCCAGCCCCAUAAAUACUGGCAUUGUCAUCUUGGAAUAUGACCGUGCCAUCAGGGAAUAAUAAAUCCAUGGAUGGAAGAACCUGGCCUAUAUUCAGUAUAUUCAGGUAGUCAGCUGAUCUCAUUCUUUCAGCACAUACUGUUGCUGAACCCAGACCUGCAGACCAACUGCAGCAUCAACCCCACAUCAUUUACUUACUUAAAUCCAGACCUUUUUUUGGCCAGGCAGUGUAUAUUAUACAGACUUACAGUAUUUUGACAUUACCUGGCAUGAAAACGUCUAGAUAAUGUCCUAUACAACUUACAACUGAAAAAAAAAAUAAAAUAAAAUAAAAUACUUUUGUAUAGUAAAUAAAAUGUCUAUAUGGUUCAUAUCACCUCUGUUAUCACUAUAAUCACUAUAAUGUUUCUCUCCAAUUUAUUAUUUCACACCAAAUCAGUUUGAAUGAUCUUAUUGAAUUUAUAAUGAUUUUAUACAAUGUUCACAAUAAGCAUAAACUUAAAACAUUUUUUCUUUGCUAUGACAAUUAUUAUUAGUGGAACCUUAUCUGAGAACAUGUGAUAGAUAUGCAGAUAUGUGUAGCAUCCUCUCUCUGCUCAGGACCAGUCAACACUUCAGUACUGGUUUGGAAAGGCAUCAUCUGUCAUCUUCUGUAAUUUGCUAGUGCUUUUGAGAUGUAAAGAGUCAUAUGUGCACGUUAUAUUUACGGUAGAAGCUCUUAGAAAGUUUGGGACUAAUUUAUUAUUAUUAUUGUUUGUUUUUUUUGUAAAUUAAUGGCACAAGCAUUUCCCCUUUUAAUAAACUGCAUACCAGCAACCCACUGCAUUAUAUUGUAGCUCAUCUCUGUGCCAUAAGGUUUGUAUUAAAAGGCCAAUCAUUAUGUAAUGAUAUAAUCGCUGAAGUUCUUGUCUGUGCCGUUUGUAAAUAGCCUCUCUCUUUAACCAUAAACGGUUAAAUUAUGAGGUCACACUGGCUUUGUGACUAUGGUUUGUGGUCAAGUUGUAAAUAUUACUGUCAGUCCACAGCUGGAACAAGAAAAAGAAAAAAAAAAACAUCUUUUUUUAUGGAAAAUGUGACUCACAUCAGCAAAGACAGGAAAUGUGAAAACUACUCAGAGUUGUUUGUUCAUUUUUUUUUUCUUAAACUGUGUGUUUUAUCUGUGUCAUAUGAGCAUAUACAGUAUGUUACUGAUAAUCUUUCUUUUUUAUAAUUAAACUGUUGACAUCAGCAACAAUCUGG